CGCGAAUGCCCAUGGUACCCGAGCGCGAUAUACGGAGAAUAGUACGCCACCGAUUGUAUGUACGUUUGCCAGUACUAUCGCGAUAUAUGCCAAAUUAAAUGUUCCAUGAACGACGAGUCGCACGUUUGAGAGGCCGGACGAGAAGGCGCCGUCCGGGCUAGCCCCCCGCCCCGGCACUUGCGGCGAAUUCGGCGCAGCGAACCCCACCGCGAGGCAUCGUCGGGCCGACCGGGUUGAAUUCUUAUUAUCAGCUCCCAGCAGACUUGGUUACUUUGAUCAAACAGGAUAUAGAUCGACAUUUAUUCAUGCUUUUGCCUAAUAUUCUGAUGUGAAAACCCAAUAUUAAGCUACAAUAGUAACAUGUUGUUGAAUGGACAGUAAAAGAGUAUAUAUAUAUAUAUAACAAUGUCCAUGAUAUUUGACUUUUUGAAGAAAAUCUUCGGAUGGGUGGAUGAAGGCUCUCAUAAACGGAAAGCCUCCGAAGAUUCCUUCGAGGAAGACUAUAUAACACCCAAGAAAUUUAAGUCCGGCUAUAACAUAGCGCGUAAGAUGGAACAACAGUAUUUAACUAUUGACGACAGCGAUGACGACGACAUCGUUUACGUGGGCGAGCAGAAGUGCACGCCGAUGAAACCGUGUGCGCAGUUGAAUGGUACUCACAAGAAGCAAUCGCAGCCCUACGAAUGCUACAAAGUUAUGCCUCCUCCCUCUUGUAAAUCCACCUGCUUCAUGCUGCAUCACAAUAAAUCGGCUGUGGAGCACUUUCUCCAUCACAAGCACAGAAUGCUGGACACCUGUCACGCGUCCCCCACACUGUCCAAAACUAAUCAAUUGAAGGAGAGAUAUCAGUACGAGGAGAUGCUGCAAAAUCUGUUGCCAAAUAGGAUACAGGUGUUUACGGACAAGCGUACGGAGUAUCCAUCUUCGCGCAAAUCCGUAGAGGUGAUUGACCUGGAGAAGCAUUCGGAAAUAAAGGCCAGCAACAAAAUUCAAUCGUCUAGCACGUCUAAGAUAAUGGCAGCGUCGUUCCGUCACAGGGAUUGUAUGUCAAACUGCGCUAGAGUAGACAGAGAAAAAGUUCCUACCUCGAGCUACAGCGACAAGGGUGUCGCGAAGUAUCAGCAGUCCAGCCGAUUUGUCACACGACUCGACAGACCGAGUACCAGUAAUAAUUUCGUGAGACCCUCCACGCCGAGAGUGCCCGUCAAGGUCGCCGCGACGAACUCGCUGCGCGACGAGCUGGCCGCGAAACCCGUCAUGAGGCAAGACUUCAUCCCACAGGUGACCAAGAGGUACAACGAGCGGAUCGAGCAACGGCACAGGGAGGCUGAGGAACUGAAGAAGAUGACGUGCGUCCUGUCGAAGCACAACAGAUACGCGCGCGAGGCGGCGCUGGAGGAACAGCUGGCGCGUUCUAUGAAGUUGUACCUGGCCGUUCUCGACGACAGAGAGGAGCCGGAGGAGCCGGCGCUGCCGACGCUGACCGACGAGAUGCUGCGGGAGGUGAGAUGCGCCCUCUUACCGUGUCCCGCGGGCGAGGUUCUCGCGGAGGGUUUCGGCCUGAGGAUCACGCGGAAGGACCUCGCCACGCUGGCCGACUUGAACUGGCUGAACGACGAGGUGAUAAACUUCUACAUGAAUCUGUUGAUCGCCCGUGGCACGUCCUCGGACAAGUAUCCGAACGUGCACGCGAUGAACACGUUCUUCUAUCCGAAGCUUCUCUCGGGCGGCCACUCGUCCCUGAAACGGUGGACGAGAAAGGUGGACAUAUUCGCGCAGGAUCUCGUGGUUGUGCCGAUACAUCUGGACAUUCACUGGUGCAUGUCGAUAAUAGAUUUCCGGGAUAAGUCGAUUCGCUAUUACGACAGUAUGGGCAGCAGCAACCCGAAAUGUUUGGCGGCGCUGAAACAAUAUCUGCUGGACGAGAGUCUGGACAAGAAGAAGCAGUCUUACGAUAUGAGCGACUGGAAAUUGCAGUCCGCCAAGAACAUUCCGCAGCAGAUGAACGGCAGCGAUUGUGGCGUGUUCUCGUGCAUGUUCGCCGAGUAUAUCUGCGCAAAUAGGAAGAUAACGUUCACGCAGGAGGACAUGCCGUACUUUAGAAACAAAAUGGUUUAUGAGAUACUGAAGGGUAAACUUUUGUAAGAGGAGAGGCGUCAUUGAUGCUUCGACAAGUUGGAAGAUGGCCAAUGCUAGCGAGAAACUCCCGAUUAACUGAUGAAACUGUAUUGUAAUAAUAUUAUAAAUAUAAUACAUGAUUAUUAUAUUUCCAAAGAAUUCUCCAAUGCAUUAAAUUGCCUGUCUGGCAUCUAUAUAUAGCACAUGUGUAUCUAUAUUGAUUUGUUAACAUUUUAUUCGAAGACAACAGAAUUAUAAUUAUAAUUAUACAACAUAAAGCCAUUACUUUCUCUCGUUUUGUAUUCUAGAAGAGAAAUAUGCUUUUAAGAAAUUUGAGUUGAGAUUUUGUGAUAUUUUUUUAAUGACGCACAGCCUGUCAGGCAAUUUAAUGCAUUGGAGAAUUGUCUGGAAAUACAAUAAUUAUGUAUUAUAUUUAUAAUAUAAUACAUAAUUAUUAUAUUUUCAAACAAUUUUUCAAUGCAUUAGAUUGCUUAGUUUUGUCACAAUACAGUUUCAUUCUUAAUCCAGAGUUUCUCGCUAUUCGUAAAAAGAGAAAAGAAUGGUGAAAAAAAGCUUCCUAAUGACCUUUCUGUAAUCUGUGCUUUGUUAUUAAAAAAAUAAUACUGCAAAAUCUCAACUGAAGUUUCUUCAAAGCAUAUUUCUCUUUUAGAAUACAAGAUGAGAGAAAGAGGCAGCUUUAUCUUGUAUAAUAAUUAUAAUUCUGUUGUCCUCGGUUGAAAUAUAAACGGACUAAUAUAGAUAUAAAUGUGCUAUAUAUAGAUAUGAAAAUAUUUUUUUCGCUGUACAAGCAAGACGGUGCGAUGAUAAUUUCAUUGUUUUAACGACAGAAAGAUUGUAAUUUUUCUUUUGUUUUCCUACGAGUUUUGGAUGGCGUAAAAGGAUCGCGUUAAAGGACGUAGACACGAGUAUUGUAGAAUGCGAAAUGACUCAAAGAAAAUGAGACAAUCCUUCUGUCCAUAAUUGUACAGCCACAACAGUUUCAGUUAUAUUUCGUUUUGUAUAUUUCUCAUUCGUUUCGAAAUUAAUUCAUGUAUAAAGCUAAAGUUGGCAUAGCAAAACACAGAUAGUUUAUUUGCGAUUAUGCAUAUAUUAAUACAACAAAAACGCGUAUUAAUCUGAUCAGCUGAAACAUAACUUUCAAAUAAAUAACAUCAAUGAAUAUUUGGCAAGGACAUUAUAUUAUUUUCGAUCCCUGAAAUUAUCCAUACAACUAACUGCUGUUAUAAUCUCAAAU